GUCCUGCAUAUCCGCCAUAUUGUCUGCUGAAGCUGCCGCUGAAGCUGCCGCUGCUGCCGCCGCCAAGUCUAAGCGAGCGGAGCCGCGAUGGAGACCAUGGCGAGCCCAGGGAAAGACAAUUAUCGAAUGAAGAGCUAUAAGAACAAUGCCCUGAAUCCUGAGGAAAUGAGGCGAAGAAGAGAGGAAGAGGGCAUUCAGCUCCGAAAGCAGAAGCGGGAGCAACAACUUUUUAAACGGAGAAAUGUGGAGCUGAUUAAUGAAGAAGCCGCCAUGUUCGAUAGUCUCCUCAUGGACUCCUAUGUGAGCUCUACCACUGGGGAAAGUGUGAUCACAAGAGAGAUGGUGGAAAUGCUCUUUUCUGAUGAUUCUGACCUGCAGUUAGCAACCACACAGAAAUUCCGGAAACUGCUCUCCAAAGAGCCUAGUCCUCCAAUAGAUGAAGUUAUCAACACUCCAGGAGUGGUGGAUCGGUUUGUGGAGUUUCUAAAGAGGAAUGAGAAUUGUACGUUACAGUUUGAAGCUGCCUGGGCUCUAACGAACAUUGCCUCUGGAACCUCUCAGCAGACCAAAAUUGUCAUUGAAGCAGGGGCUGUUCCCAUUUUUAUAGAGCUGCUUAACUCGGACUUUGAGGAUGUACAGGAACAGGCAGUCUGGGCACUGGGAAACAUAGCUGGAGACAGCUCUGUCUGCCGAGAUUACGUCUUGAACUGUUCCAUCCUUAAUCCUUUGUUAACACUCCUUACCAAGUCCACACGACUGACAAUGACACGGAAUGCAGUCUGGGCCCUGUCAAAUCUCUGCCGAGGGAAGAACCCACCCCCAGAGUUUGCAAAGGUCUCUCCUUGUUUGCCUGUACUGUCUCGCCUACUCUUCAGCAGCGACUCAGACUUGCUGGCAGAUGCUUGCUGGGCCCUCUCUUAUCUGUCUGAUGGCCCCAAUGAGAAGAUCCAGGCGGUCAUAGACUCUGGAGUCUGCCGGAGAUUGGUAGAGCUUCUGAUGCACAAUGAUUACAAAGUGGCUUCUCCUGCCUUGAGAGCUGUGGGUAACAUCGUCACUGGGGAUGACAUCCAGACCCAGGUCAUUCUUAACUGUUCAGCCCUCCCUUGCCUCCUCCACUUGCUGAGCAGCCCCAAGGAGUCAAUCCGGAAGGAAGCUUGCUGGACCAUUUCGAACAUCACUGCAGGCAACAGGGCUCAAAUACAGGCUGUCAUAGAUGCAAAUAUCUUCCCUGUGUUGAUUGAAAUCCUUCAGAAAGCAGAGUUCCGUACAAGGAAAGAGGCAGCCUGGGCCAUCACCAAUGCCACAUCAGGAGGAACCCCUGAGCAGAUCAGGUACCUGGUCUCAUUGGGCUGCAUCAAACCACUGUGCGACUUGCUGACUGUUAUGGAUUCAAAGAUUGUACAAGUGGCUCUCAAUGGACUGGAGAACAUCCUGCGGCUUGGAGAGCAAGAGGGCAAGCGCAGUGGCUCAGGGGUCAAUCCCUACUGUGGCCUCAUUGAGGAAGCCUAUGGAUUGGAUAAAAUUGAGUUUCUCCAGAGCCAUGAGAACCAGGAGAUCUACCAGAAGGCCUUCGACCUCAUUGAGCACUACUUUGGUGUAGAAGAUGAUGAUAGCAGUCUGGCUCCCCAAGUGGAUGAAACGCAACAGCAGUUCAUCUUCCAGCAGCCUGAGGCCCCCAUGGAGGGCUUCCAGCUAUAAUGUCUGCCUCCGGGGAGGGGAGGGGAUGGGAAGCACCACCAAACAGCAGAAGAGCAGCCCUCUGGUGGGCGGGAAACCAGCCCUCCCACCAUCAGCCACCACACACCUCUGCUGCCCUGGAGACUGUGCUCUUGACCUGCUCCGCCCCCUUCCCUGGAGGGAUCACCCUCUGGACAGACAGAAUCAUCUGAGGCUCACAUUUGGGUUUUGUGACAAGAAGGGGACGUGUUGGGUUUUUCUUCCUUACACUAUAUUUCGGCUACACACAUGUCUUUAACCCAGGAGCCCAGGGGUAGACAAAGGAGGACUGAGGUAAUCAAUUAAUUUGCACCUUUUUUUAUUUUUCUUUUUUUAUUUUUUUCUUUAGUGGUGACUUCCUUCCCUUUUAUCUUCCUUCAUCCUUCUCAGUCGUCUGCCCUGAUCUGUGUAACUCUUAUCUUGGGUACUUGAGAAGAUGGAAUAUUCCAGAGGUGGGAGGUGGGAGGGGAGGGGAGAAAUCCAAAACAAAGUGUUGUUGUUCUGACAGAAUAUUAAUCUUGUAUGCUUGGAUUGAGUUAUUUAAUUUUUUUUCUUUUGCACAUUUUUCUUGUAUUAAAAUGGCUCUUCCCAAGAGCUAUGAGUUCCUGGUUUUAGGAAUCCCAGCUGCCAGCGUUGUCUGGGACUAGAGGCUGAUAGGGAGGCCACCAUGAGACACAGGCCCCUCCCUCCCUCUGACCCCUUGCCCAGACCACUUUAGUUCGGGAGAUCCCCCUCACUCUCCUGGGGCAGGUACACCAGUGGGAGUGGAGGGAAGGAGUAUAGGCCUUCAGACGGGGCUUCCCAUGUGUAGCUACUGAUCCCAUGUUUCCUACUCACCUUCCAAAUGGUGUAACCCACCUUCAUUUGUUUACUUGAAAAUUCCCCUCAGAGUUGAGUGAACCUUUGAGGUGGCUGUAUUUUCUCCUAAGCUUGGGGCGGGGGAGCUAUGGUCAUUCCUUUCUCCUGAAGACAAGGUCCUUGCUCUGGUAACCCAUAAGUUACAGAGGAGGUUGGAGUGAGAGAGUCAUGUAUUGGGAUAGUCAGGGAUCCCUGCCUUUGGCCUUUCUUCUUCUUCCAUAGUUGGAUCAUGUAUAUUUUACUUCCAAAGGAGAGAAUGUCAAAAAGUUCUGUAUUUUUUUAUAUUCUGUAUAUUAGGUAGGUCAAUUUUAAUUGGUCUCAAGAAGAACUGUCUGUAAUUUCUGUAGGUAGGAUACUGUGAGGAAGACCAAAAAGAGGUGUGGAAGGUCCCUUGCUCAGGAGGCAUGAGCUUGGUCCUUUUCCUCUCUGCUUGGAUUCUGGACCACCACCUGGGACCAACCAUAAGCUCUGAAACCUUUUAUAAAGCAGGUCAGCCUGGUCUGAUUGUUCUGGUACCUGAAGGGAGCAAGAAUGGUGUCAAGGCCUGGUGAAGUCUGUCACUCUAGUCCUCACUGCUGCACAUCCUGCUUUACAUCAGAAAAACCCAGAAGGCAGUCUGCCUUCUCAGAUUGGAUCUCAAAGGCCGUUGUCCACAUAAGUUAUUAGACAUGGCUGCCUCUCCUGUUAGCACAGAAACUUAGCAGGCUAAAUACUUGUGUGAGAGCUCUUGGUAUCUUCCCUCUUUGGGAUACUUGUACCUGGUUUGAGUUUUCCCUUCCUUGCGACAAUUAUAAUCCAGAUGCCUUUUCUUUCUCUUUGAGUAAAGCUAGUGCAGUGCUUCAGUGGCUUGCCUAUGCCUCCGGAUGGAUUACAUGAUAGUAAAGCCCGGAUUUUGGGGAUGGGGUGGAGGAAGUUGUCAGCUAAGUGUAGACCUUCAAUGGAGCUGAAGGCACAAUCAGCUCUGCCCCCACCUCCCCACUGUGGUUAGUCAGAGGUGCCCUGUUCCAAGCUAUACUUUUCCUUCCCCAGAAACUAUGCUAUUCUUGUUCCCAUUCCUACAUGCCUCCUUCUGGCUCAGAUCAAAUCCAUGCCCUUCUGCCUAUAGAUCUUAAGUUCAGGUGCUUAUUGUUGGCCAUUGGUCUUAAAUUUGCUCUCUCCUUCUAGUGUUGAGGUCCCACUCCAGAGCCAUUUCCUGAGAAAGUUGGUUUAGGGCUGGCAUUUAUCACUGAAAAAUGACACCAGUGUUAUAUCACCUUGAUAAAUUCAAUGCCACUCAACAGCUUGGGAAUAAUGACUACCAAUCCGCAAUCUCCCUGGAAGGGAAAGGGCUGGACCUUUUCAUUUGGCCUGCUGCCUCCAUUACAAAACUAUAAAACGAUUCUACAGUUCAAAGAAAAUCUCCCCACUCCACCACACCCGCCACCCCCUGCAUCCCAUCAUCCUUGUCCGAAGAGCAGAGCAACUUAGUAAGAUCUCCUUUGUACAAUCUCAAGCAACAGUUAAGUCCCUGACAUUGGGGCCAUAUUCUUGAAUGAGACAUACAAAUCCUGCUUUCCCAACUGUUCCUUCAAAAUCUCUUCGGCUCUGGUUCCUGUACCACAUGGAAGACUCUUUUUUGGUCAUUGGCUGCUGCUUUUAAAGCCAGUUUUUUUUAAGGCCUUCAAAAGCUGAAUUCUACUGGGGGCAUAAUGUGAAGACAGAUUACUCAUUAGAGAAAAGUGGCUUCUAGGAGCUUUCUUUUGUGUCUUCCCUCAGACCACGUUUUCCCAUUAUCUUCCCGUAACCCCUUUUCAGUCAACAAGUGAAGUUCUUCCAGCCCACAGAGGCAGUAACAUCAUCUUUUGUAUCUCAUCCUCUCCUUUGGCUAUCUUUGAAGCAAAAUAUUUUAGUCCAGGCUUGAGAACCAUUCUUUGUAGGCAGCUCCCAUCUGGACUCCAGAACCUGGCCUAAGUGAGGUCAAAGGCUUUCCAGCAGAUUUCUGAAAGGUUAUUGCCAGGAUGCGGGGUCUUCCCAGCCUGCUAUAGGGAAAAGCAUGGUAAGUCAAGGCUUAUUGUUGGAGUCCUCAUCUGUUAGCACAUGGCUGGUAUAUCCAUUUCAAGAUCUCUGCUGGGAGUGGAGGUAUCUAUGUAUGGAUUAAGAGGACAAGGAACCUUCUUAGCUACUGUGUUCAAAUACUGUUUUGAACAGUGCCUGCUAUUCUUUAUUGUUAGCCCCUCUAGGCAACCUACUCCCGAAUCAUCUUCUCUAGUACUAACAGGGUCUCUGGUGUUAAAAGCCUGCCUUCAAUUCCCAGCUAUCUCCAGUGACCUCCUGGCCUUGAUGUUGGCUGUGAUCUGCUGGUAGACCAUGUGCCCUCAGCUGGCCAGCCUGGUUACUUGGGUUAGUUGACACAAAUUAACCCUCCAAGGAGCAGGUGUUGAUGACCUCAGUUUUCAGAGACCCUUGGUGUUUCCCUUACCAAGAACCCUUAGAUCUAUUCCUUCAUCUCUCUUUGCCCUGGAAGAUAUCUUCCAGGAGCCCUAUUUUCUGGAGCUGAACUGCACAGAUUAUAGCUGCUACUGUGGGAGAGGAAAAGAAGGCUCUUAGGCACAGGCUUUCUAUUUCUCUCAAGCCAAACCAGUUCAAAAUGAAAACUAUCUAGCAAAAUGAACUGCAUUUCUAUUUUCUCAUGUCUGCCUGCCCUCCCUCACCCCUUAGAGUUAUACCUGUUUCUAGCACAUUAGAAGGGAAGGAAAGGAAAGCCUAGUAAUAAUAACCUCCUCCCCCCAACAUGCCCUUCUGUGAAGGCCCCGGCUCUUGUUCAGUCUUUAUCUCUUCUGCCCUAGACUCACUCAGCUUGGUAUCCAUCAUCUUGAGUAUUCCUCAACAGAUUCAUCUUGUGGGCUUAGAUUCUAGAUUCUCAGUUGAGGGCAAGGAGCCAGUUUCUCCAGGUUCCUGCUGAUACUCCUGGAACGCAGUAGGGACAGCAGGCUGGGGGCCUCAGGAAUGUGUGCGCCUGUUGCCUCCCUGGCAGGCUGGGGAAGAGUGAAAAAGGCUUAGUGCACUGAACCAUAGGGAAUGCUCAUGACCAGUAGCAUCAUCUUCCAGGUAGUACUACCCUAGAAGUUAGUGAGUGUGAGACUGAGGUUGCUCAGAGUAGGUUUCUUCCACAGCCAUUUAGAAUUGCACAUUCUAGACCAACCUUGUCCAGUAUUUUUUCUGUAUUUUAGCUUUUAGAUUCUUUUGUUAAGGCAACAAGCUGAGAAUUUGGCCCUACUGGGAUCCAUGUAGUGUGCACUAGCUGCUCUUUGUCCAAGGCCUUUAUAAAUGAUUCAGUCAUCCCAUUGUCUAUCCCUAACCCCACUCCCAGAUUAAGACCAUGGCAAGGGAAGAAUUUGAGGUCAAGACUAAAUCUGUGAAUUAAAACUUAUUUUUCCUCUGAGAGGGCAUUUUGCUUCAGGCCUGGGCUAUGUGAAGAACCAAAGCUGGCUACCAGAGUUAGAAGAGGCAGCAUUAAAUUUUAGGCCCAGAACACCCUGGCAGCAAGGUUUGCAUAGUGUGUCCAGUAAGCUUGGGCCUACCUAGCUACUUCUGGGCCAGCCUGACUUCUGAUGUUCACAUUAGCACAUACCUGAACCCCUCUGCUAAACACCAGCCCUGGUCUCCUGUGCAGGUUGGAAUUUCAGCCCCGGGUUUGGGAAGAGAGAACUGAAUGCCAUGUCCUGGGGGUAAUAAGGGGAAUCAGAGCUCAGAGAUCCUAAGAUUGGCUGGAAACCUCUGAUUCAGAGGAUUUCCUUAAAUAGUCCCCAUCUACAUGAAACUUCAGGCCCUGUAGUUAUGUGUUGACUUUUUUAGCCAGCUUUUGUAGGACUGCCUUUAAGAACAGAAGGGGGUUUGGGAUCCCAACCACUCAACAGACUGGAUAUCCCCCAAGAUCAGGUUGGGUUUCCAGCUACGGACCUAGAAAGGUGAACAGAAUCUUUCUCCUCACUGGUAUUUCUUCCCAAAUCAUUUGCUUUUAUUUUUCUAAGAACAAAAACUCUGGCUGUUUUCCAUGUUCUCAGGGCCCCUGGGUAGACAGACAAAGUCUGAUGAUUUCAGAGCAGACAUAGGCCAAAAAACCAUGGCAUUGAGUGUGCUGAGUCCAGACAAAAUGAUAUUUAUAUACACAUCCAAAUUUGAAGAGAAAAUGUAUUUCUUUAGGUUUCAAACACUGUAAUAGAUAUAAAGCAAAAAUAAAAACCUGUUGCAAAGUUCUAAA